CAGCGCCAUAGCUGAUCGAUCACUCGAUGAAAAGAAAAACGAGUAAAAGUGGCAAGUCAAACAUCGGUAGAUGGAGGAAGGUCCAUCGAAGAGCACUAUUUGUGGCUCUAGCCUAGCCCAUGAUUCCCCUCCUCAUUCUCAUCUUGUGGGCGAUCGCGGGCGACGCUGAUCCAGCAAUUGCGCCACUGGGGAUCCGCCGACAUAUCUCGAGCUUGCUCGGGGGCAGUAGCAGUGGUCGCCCUAGCAGCGGUGGUAGCAACAGCAUGGUCAUGGAUGUGUUCUACGUCUCUCACGGCUCGCCCAUGCUGCCGUUCGAGGAGAUCCCCGCCAGGGAUUUCUUCAAGGGCAUGGCCAAGCUGGUGAAGCACAAGCCCAAGGCGAUUCUCAUGGUGUCCGGCCACUGGGAGACCCGGGAUCCGAUGGUGAGCACCACAGCGCGCAACCCUACCAUUCACGACUUCUACGGCUUCCCUCGCGAGCUCUACGAGCUCAAGUACGAGGCACCCGGUGCUCCCGACGUAGCAAGGCGAGCCAAGCAGCUCCUCCAGGACGCUGGAUUCAAGCAAGCCGGCGAGGAUCCCAAGCGAGGCCUGGAUCACGGUGCAUGGGUUCCACUGUGGCUGGCCUUCCCCGACGCCGACAUUCCAGUCUUCCAGCUCUCGCUCCAGUCGCACAAGGACGCCGCCUAUCACUACCGGCUGGGCCGCGCGUUAACUCCGCUCACCCGCGAGGGCGUUCUUAUCAUCGGAUCCGGGACUACCACGCACAACCUCCGGCACAUGCUGCCCACCGUCCCGGACUGGGGGAAGGCCUUCGACGACUGGCUCUACGACUGCUUGAUCCACCAGAGAUAUGACGAAGUCACGCAGUUCAUGGACAAGGCGCCGUAUGCCAAGCUCAACCAUCCAACACCCGACCAUUUCCUUCCAUUGUUGGUGGCAUUAGGAGCCGCUGGAGAGGGCGCUACGGCUCAAGCAAUCCACAGGAGCUGGCAUGGAAGCUUCUCCAUGGCUAGCUAUGUCUUCAAGCCUGCUGUUGGAGCUCCUGGGCCACAACAACAACAACAAGAGCUAUGACUGCUGGUACACAGUUGGGUGUGAGAAAGAAUAAACUCUCUUGACAGGGCGUUGGGCAUUUCUCACCCCCGCAGCUUUUCAGCGCUACUAGACAGUGAAGAAAUGCGAGCUCUUUGUUUGUCAAGGAAUCGCGUGUUUGUC